GUUUGGUUUUGUUUCGUUCAAAGAAACAAGAAAAAAGAGUACUCCAGUACUUUGAUACGCGGGAACUAAAACCCUUGCUGUUUCUCCUUGUUUCGCCGCACGGGGGAAAGGAAGCGGCGAAGCAGCUGAACGGUGAUGGCGGAGGAGGACUCGGUACCCAUCCACCGCGACUUCUCUGCGAGCACAGGCGUGGAGACGAGCAACCCCCACGUGGGCAUGUCCCAGGACGAGUGCGUCGAUCGAAUCCGCAAGAGCCUCAAACAUCCGACGGUGAGGUUCUUGAGGGAGCACAUGGAGAAGGCCGGCUGCCCAGUCUGGCCGAGGCUUCUCACGGCGGCCAACUGUGCCGACCAGGGCUCCGCCGGCGGAUACGCCAGCCGCCAAGGGGUAACAAUUUGUUGCAAUCAUAUGACAAUCCAAGAUGAGAUAAAUCAGGUUGUGAUUCAUGAGCUAAUUCAUGCUUAUGAUGAUUGCCGUGCUAAGAACCUGGAUUGGAAGAACUGUGCUCAUCAUGCAUGCUCGGAGAUUCGAGCUAAUCAUCUAAGUGGGGAUUGCCAUUACAAACGGGAACUGCUGCGUGGUUUUAUGAAAAUACGAGGCCAUGAACAAAUUGGGAAGGAUCUGCUGCAGAUACGAGAGUACUUCGAUGGGCGUGCAAGAGUGGUGGUUUCGUUGAUCUCGAAGGAAUGCGUGAAAAGACGAGCUCUAAAGUCGGUCCGAAAUAACCCAUACUGCUCAGAUGCAGCUGCGAAGGAUGCCAUCGAGGCCGUAUGGGAUAUCUGCUAUAACGAUACUCAUCCUUUCGACAGAGCUCCUUGAAAAAGAACCAGCACUGGGAACAUUUUUAUAUUUCCCAGCGACAAUCAGAGAAGUUGAUUAAGAUAUCUGGAUUACUUAAAUCCGAUGUCCGGAACUGAAGAUACCUCAUUUGUUUACUGUGUUUGAUUUUCGUUUCACUCACAUGAUUAGAUUAUUCCAUGGCCAGUUUCAGUUAAUUUUGUUUUUCUCGAGAUGGGAGGUUCACAAGGGUGGAAUGUGCAAGUAGUGUUUUGUGUGCAGUCUCCUUUGGAAUAAGAGAGAUUUUGUACUAGUAACAAACAGACAGACAUGCUGUACUUGCGAUUGCCCGCCGCUUUUCUCCGAAAGCAACAGAAGGUGCAGAAUCAACUGAGUUUCACAGUAGUGGUCUGAAUGAAAUAAUUGAGUUGUAUUUAUCAUUUUCUGUUAAGAUACUGCGAGGAGUGGAGAGGAUGUAGCAAAGGAGAAUUGGGUGCUAGUGUUGAGAUUAGGACUGAAUUGGAUAAAUGAUAAUCCGGCCGAGUGUUUGGUGCUU